GGUCAAAUCCUUCCCUCCCCACCUCAACUCUCCUCAUUAAUCUCUCUCUCCCUCUCUCUCUCAUCAUCCCCACCCUUUGUACAUAUAAAUCUCUUUCUUCCCAAAAUUUCAACAAAACGAAAACUCUCUCUCUUUCUCUGUUCUGAAUUGUACUGGUCUUUCUCUUCUUAUCCUUUUCAGCUCUUUCAAAACGGGUACAGACAAAACACCACAAAAAAACCAGUCCUACUUAUCCAUAUAACAACUCACUGUUUGCUACAUAUAUCACAAUCUCUCUCUUCCAUUGCAGUUCUGUUGUCUUCUGUUCAAUCUGAUUUCUUAAUUAAUCAUUACAAAAAUUAAGCAGCAACAAGAAGAACAAGAACAAGAACAGGAACAAAAAAUUUGAUGGGGAGGUCACCUUGCUGUGAGAAAGCUCACACCAACAAAGGCGCUUGGACCAAAGAAGAAGACCAGCGCCUCAUCGAUUACAUCCGCGUCCAUGGCGAAGGCUGCUGGCGCUCCCUCCCCAAAGCCGCAGGGUUGCUUAGGUGCGGCAAGAGCUGUAGGCUGAGAUGGAUAAACUACCUUCGCCCUGACCUCAAGCGUGGAAAUUUCACAGAAGAAGAAGAUGAGCUCAUCAUCAAGCUCCAUAGCUUACUUGGAAACAAGUGGUCGUUGAUUGCGGGGCGAUUGCCGGGAAGAACCGACAACGAAAUAAAAAACUACUGGAACACACACAUCAAGCGGAAGCUCAUCAGCCGCGGCCUCGACCCUCAAACCCACCGUCCGCUCAACGACACCACAACCGCCGCCGCGGCCGCCACGACACAUGCUUCUCGCUUAGAUUUCAGAAACAUUUCUCCGCUAUCCGCCGUCGUCGAUAAAACCACCAACAAAAAUUCCAUAUUGCAUCACAAAACCAUCAACAAAACCUCCUCGAACAACAACAACCACAACAACAAUAUUGUAUUGUUCAAGCCCAAGAUGGAAGAGGACAACAUAGAAGAGGCCAGCAGUGGGACCACCACACAGGAAGACCAACAACAACAACAACAACAGCAACAGCAGAAAUUGCAAGAUCAUUAUAUGUACAAGUGUAGUGACCUCAACUUGGAUCUUUCAAUUGGGCUGGAGCCCUUCCAGUCCGAGCCAACUCGGGCUUCGUCGGGGAACUCGGCCGAGUCAAGACUGCAGCAGAAUAAUUACCAGGUUUUUGGGACAGUGCAGAAGGCGGUGGUGACUCAGGCGGUGUGUUUGUGUUGUCAGGUUGGAUUUCAGAGCAGUGAGGCUUGCAGGAAUUGUCAGUGCACAAAUGGGUUCUACAGAUUUCACAGACCUUUGAAUUCAUAGCAUGGUUUUUACUCCUUUUGGGGUUAAAUUCUUUUUUUCUUUUGAUAAAUCUUAUAGAUUUGGUAUAGUUGUUGUUACCUUCACUUGAAUCCAUUACUUUCUGGAUGUAACUCUUGUUGUACGAGUAAUUAUAGUGUUAUCAUGGAACAAGUAUAUUAUAAUGAAAUACUAUCGUCUAUUCAUAUUAUAACA